AUGUCCUCCACACAUUGUUGACAGUAGCUUCUCGCCUUCACUCAGUGAACGAAGAUUCCUUGAAGGUAUGUGGAUAUUCAGUAUGGAUUGAUUGCGUAUGACUCGGACAGGGACACAUGUCACCGGCCGCAGGCCUCCCUCGACUCAAUCAGCAGCUGCAAUUGCGCUGCAAGCCGGCAAAGAGUAGCAACUCGCUGCUCACUUCUUUUGGAUCCUUGUCAAGCGAGCUCUCGGAUAUGUCAGAGGCUGGCCGGCUACUCUGCGUGCUGCAGAGCGAGUCUCGGACAGCUCGGGCGAUCUACGGACUGAUUCAGGUAACCAUGCAUGGGUUGCUUCGCGAUAUCAAUCCGUCGUUAUUUGCGGUCGUCUUGGCAGUGACAAUCGUGAUCUCGGAGUCUCAACCAUCUGAGGUGAGCCUUUUGAACGUGGCUGCCUAUUGCUUGCUCUUGACUUGCUCCCCUCAUCAUGGCAACACCCAAAACAUCUGUCCUUGCUCGUGGAUGUUUCGCAUAGUGGACCCGGUAAGCGUGUCAUUCAUCAGGUAUUAUGAUGGCCUCACAUCAUAGUGGGUGGAUGUGUGGACGAACGUCGGAACGAGCGCGAGCAGGCGGGCGGGUGGACUAACGAGCAACACGAGGGUCGUCGUUGGGCGCGUUGUUGGCGGGCUUUCAAUUGCGCCUCGGUUUGGGCGAGGGAUCUCCGGGGCAGUACUCGCUAGGAUGGUGCUCGUCCAGCGGGUGCUCGUCGAUCUCGUGCUCAUCGAGCUCGUGGUCGGCGGGCUCUGGCUUGUCGGGGUCAUCUUCGUGGGAAUCGACGAGACGUGGGCGACUUACCUGCUAUAAUGGCCCGCGGCGGGCUUGGGCUUGUCGAGCAAGUGGUCGGCAGGCUCGUGCUCGUUGAGCGGGUGGCCGUGGGUCGGCGGGCU